AUGUUCGAGCUUUUGAACUCUACCAAGGGUUACUACGGCAACGAUCACUUUGCAAGCAUUUAUGCUACCCAGAUGCAUUCUGAUUCGGGAUACCUAGUAACCAAUGGAAAGAGUGGGUCAGGCACCUACGCCGGUUACCUUACCUGGGACGACCAUCCCCAGCUGGCCAAGAAGGUUGUGGAUCACGCGGUGGACAAGACGCUCGGAGGUUGCAAGCCCUUCGGAUGUAUCAGCGGAGUUGAGUAA